AUGAAGAGUGGAGCAACUGUGAACUCAUUUCCUGGUAGUUCCCCAGAACCCUCUAAAGGGGCUCUUCACAACUACCAGGCGGACCAUGCCAUACCUUACCAUAACAUUGGAAGUACCCCUACUACUCCCACCACGGACAAGAGUCAUUUGAGCCCCAGCAUCGCACCAUCCUUCCCCAACACGCUACACCUAUUAGCUGCUAGUACUCACUUUUCCUCACCUAUUUAUGAACCUACAGAAAGUCCCCCAGAUUACAUUUUCCCCUCAGACACACUGGACGUAGACUGGGGAUCCGGAGAUUACUUGGAGACCAUUUCGUACCUAGGAUCGGAUGAAAAGUGGACAAUAUCAAACGGCACUACAGACGUGGUCACCCCAGACACCCCAGUUACAUGGUGGGAUCAGGGGUCGACAGAAGAUGGAGAUGACAUUCCCGCCACAGUGACCUUGUUAUCGGAAAGCACUGAGGCAGAUACUACGACUACUACUGCAUCAACAACUGUCACAACUACUCCACAUCAAGGCACCCCCAAACUGACUACAGGGACCGAAAUGUCCAGCGACGGAUCAGUCAGCCACACCAUUAAACCUCCGGCAACAACCCAGCCGGCAACAACCCAGCCGGCAACAACCCAGCCGGCAACAACCCAGCCGGCAACAACCCAGCCGGCAACAACCCAGCCGGCAACAACCCAGCCGGCAACAACCCAGCCGGCAACAACCCAGCCGGCAACAACCCAGCCGGCAACAACCCAGCCGGCCAAACAGUACCUCUGCGAUGUCAACAAGCCGGAGUAUUUGGUGAAAAUAGGCUUUCCGUUUGGGGCGACUAUUGGAUAUGCCAAGUCCCAAAUACGAGACAUUCUAAAAGGCGAAUUCAACAAAUCAGUUGAGAUACAGCACGUCACAGCUCCUCCAAAGUUUGUGUUCCGCGUUGUGUCCGGUCCAGUUGUGUACACCGCCAUUUCUGUCAUCAACACUCUGCAGAGGUCAGGGCGCCGCUUCCUGUCCAUCUCUCCCAGCUGGACCUUACCCGACUAUAAAUACCAAGUCCACACAGUGCUGCAGUUUGUUCCCAGUCACAUUGACAUCAGGUUUUGCAACUUCACUGAGAACAUUGAGCGAGGUUUGUCCAGAGCUUACGCUGAGACACAGCGGAGGUCAAAGAUGUCCCCCAACUUCACUGUGCAUAUUGUAAACAUCACUCAUUCCCCUCUGAAAAGUCAGGGCCAGCUCGCGAGGCAGCCGGUGGAUAUUGUUUUUACAGUGCGCGGGUCCAGAGGUCAUGUGACGGGCUCGGAGGUCAGCGACGCCCUCCUGAAACUCACCAUGGUCGAGUUCAGCUACUACAUGGGCUUUCCAGUGCUGCAGAUCGCUGAACCGUUCCAUUACCCAGAACUGAACACCAGCCAGCUGCUCCGCUCCUCCUGGGUCAAAACAGUUCUUUUAGGUGUGAUGGACCAAAAAGUGAAUGAAAAGACCUUCCAAGCCAACGUGGAGCGGCGUGUGGCCAUGUUACUGGGAGAAGCGAUGGGAGUGAUUCGCCGGGUCAAGAGAGCGACGACUGUGGGCAACAGCAGUGUGCAGGUAUGA